AUGCAUCUAGGUGACUUGGUGCGUGUCUGGUACUCAGACGAUACGGUGUGGCAUGAAAGACUGGUGCUCCUAGAAGGGGAUGGUGAAAACAUGUUCUGGAUAGUGACGCCUGAUCUGGACAUUUACGAGGAAGAUCUUGGUGGCCACGCGUCUGACGGCCCGGAGCGGGUCAGGAUAGUGGCGCAUGGAGCACGGACUCGGUACAACCGGCCGGUUUACCGCUUCAGGGAGACCUUGGACAACGAGUUUGUCAGCAAGUACAUCAGGGAGGCAUGGCGUGAGCAUGAAGUUGUGUAUGGGGCCCCGCCGGAUGUUGAGGGAAGGCAGGUUCACUUACCGGAUGGGACAGUCCGGGAUUUGGUUGCCUUUGGCCCUCGACACCGCAUUCAAGGCAAGACGGCGCCGGGACGGUGCAAUGCUGGAGUGACUGGGGCAGGCGCCUCCACUGAUGUGAUGGCCAAGCCAGAGGUGAUUGAAGAGCAUGAUGCUUGGGUGGUGGUCUACAACUCUAAGGGCGAGAAGCUUGGGGAGCAGGUGUCUCCGUCUACCGGCACGGAGUUGGUCAAGGCUGGCGACUCUUCCUUCAAGCUGUUCCUCAAAGAUGGCGCUGUGAUCCUCGCCCAAGGCUGCUCGGUGACGGAGGCUAUGAGGGUUAGUCUAAAAGCUAAGGAGCACAGACAGGAUCCGGAUCGAGAUGAUCGUGAUGUUCGCGUCCUGCCCGUACUCUUUGAUACCGCCGAGGAAAGGUGGCGUACCCUGGCUGAAGCUAUGCCGGACUAUGACGAGAUUGAGUAUGAGGAUUUUCCUCUUCAAGGUCCGAGGACGAUGUUCCGAGAUCUUCGGCAGCUUCGGAGACUGGGCAUGAGCUUCACUCAGCACCAUGAGUCCUGGAUGCGCAAGAGUGGCGUUCGCACUUCGGAUAGAUCCAUUCACGAACAUUCUUCUCUUUGCCGCGCUUUGGACUUCAUGACGUCUUAUGACCAACUCAACUUACCUGCCCUCGCCUCGGCGGAAGCAUUAAACCGACGCCGCGCACUCAUUGAGAUAGCGCAUCAGGGUAGGCCAGAUGCACCUAGCUACGAGGCCGCCGAGGAGGUGCUUGGUGUGCGCGAGGCAAUGGAUGGCAGCGUGGUCGACCCAGCAUUGACACAACACGCUGCCAAGAGACAGGCAGCCAAGGCCGAGGUGCUCAAGCAGACGCGGUUGGCGGCGGAGGAGCGCAAGCAUGCCACUCGCCGUGGGGAAGAGGAAGGCAGUGGAAAUUCGGAGCGGCCUGGAAAAGGGGCCGGCAAGAAGAAGGCAGCGCUUCGGCAGCUGCUGCUUAAGAAGGCGGGGUCCCCAUACUCGAGUGAUGGAGUCCUGCCAGGACAGAUGGCUUCCUAUGUGAGGGAGCGUGUUUCCCUUCCUCGUGACCAACUGGAACCCAUCCCACUGGAAGCCCUGUUACCUGAGGUGGAGCGAGAUCGUUUGCUUGACUUUCGGAAUCAGAUGCUGCUCUCUGACGAGGAGAUUGCCGGUGUGUUGGAGCGCGGAUUGGUGGGUGACAGGUACAUGGAUCCUCGCUUAGAAGGUGGGGGAAAGGUUUACCAUGACUUUGUUGCCGAUCUGAUUGAGAGCAAGUUGGUCAGUUUUACUACUUCGCCGCGGGUUCAGGUGGGUGCAUUUGUAGUCACGAAGAAGGGCGAGAAGCAGAGAUUGAUUAUAGAUGCUAGACGCGCCAACAAACUUUUUCGCAGUCCUCCUACCACAGUGCUAGGCUCCAUGGACAGUUGGGCUCGUCUAGGGUGUGAUGCGGGCUCUGACUUGUUCGUGGCUCAGGAGGAUGUGAAGGACUAUUUCUACCGCUUGAGGAUCCCCAAGGACUUGGGAGAGUUUUUUGCGUUGCCCAAGGUUGAUCCCGCUUUAUUGAAGGAGCGCCUCGGCUACCUCCCGAUGGACCUGCAGGAGUUGCUGGAUGUUUCGGAGGCGCCGAUUUACCCGCACAUGAUCGUAUUGCCCAUGGGAUUUGCGUGGGCUUUUCAUUUGGCUCAUGUUGCUCAUGUUGAACUCACGCGGCGUACCCUUCCCAAUGCCAUGAUUGCGCAGGACAAGCGGCCUGCCCCCGUGAUGGGGGCAAAAGUUGGACAAUGUCAGCAGGCCUGCCUGGUUUACGCCGACAACGGCAAUCAUUUGGGGGUCAGCCGGGAAGCAGUGCGCAAUGAUCAGGUUCGGAUGAUGGACGCUCUUCAUGCACAUGGUUUGGCCACUCACGAUCUGGUGGAGAGCUCAAAUCUGUGUGAGAGUUUGGGAGUUAGGAUUGAUGGCCUUGGAGGUUGCGUGCAGACUACUCCUCUGCGGGAUCAUCGUUUGGAUCAGGCCCUGUUGGCACGCAGUUCCUCAAUGCGCGUCUCCGGUGAAGAAUUGCAGGUCGUGGUGGGGCGCCUUACCAUGCGUGCACUUUUACAUCGAGGCCUGCUUAGUGUCCUUCGUCAUGUCUAUGUUUUCAUAGAGCAGAACUACACCAAGCGAACUAAGCUUUGGCCCUCGGUACGUCGGGAACUGGAAAUGUUCAGGUGUCUCAUGGUGCUCGGCUACAGCAAUUUGCGGGCGCCUUGGCACGACGAGAUUUUCUGCACCGACGCAUGCCUGUCCGGAUAUGCUGUCAUGAAGCGAUCGCUGGAUACUGACAUUGCCAGGCAGGUGGGGGCCGAAGAUGAAAGAUGGCGGUUCUUUCGAGGUGCGGGGCCUAAGCUUGCACCUCGACAAGCAGCUCUAGCUGGAGCUGAUGUCUUCAGUGACGUGUGCACAGUCAGGCCCAUGGUGGAUGGAGAGGUGAUAGGAGAUUGGGAGGUUGACCCCAACUUUCCUGAGGUUCUGAGAUCGCUCCUUCAUCCAGAGGAUUGGGGGCGAGUUUGGAGCGCGCCAUUCACUUUCAAGGAGCCAGUGCAUUUGCUUGAGGGCCGUAGUAUUCUAGCCACGGUAAAGCAUGUGAGUCGAGACGCCAGAGUACACGGAAGCCAUGUGCUCAUCCUGAAUGACAAUAUGGGGGUGGUCCUGGCUACGCAAAAGGGGAGAUGCAGUAGUUUCGCUUUACUACGUAUCCUGCGCAGAACACUGGCUUACAGCCUCGCUUGUGGCAUCAGAGUCCACGUGCGAUGGGUGGCUUCGGAGCUCAACGUGGCAGAUGAGGAUAGCCGGCAGUGGGUCACAGUCUUUAUGAAAGAGGAGGUCAAAAUGGCCAACAAACGGCUACGGGAGGCACCUUGUGGAAGGCCUCACGCCCCAGCUUUGAGGGCACUAGUUCUGAGUGCCGAGAAGAAGAGGAAGAAGGCUCGAGAGAGGGAGAAAAAGUUUGGGCGACACCUGCGGGCAACGCAAGGGUUGAAGACUGUGCUGGAGUUGGGGAGCGUGAAGGAGGGCACGAGAAAGGACUACGAGACGAAGCUCGACAAGUUCUACGAGUUCGUGGCCUUUUAUCGUCUCCCCACUGUUGGCGAGAAGGACCUCGACGCAGCGCUGUCCGAUUAUGCGGACCACCUGUACUUGAAUGGAGAAGGUUCCAGUUAUGGGCAGAAGCUGCAGGCAGCGCUGGAGUUUUGGAGGAUGGCGCCGCAUGGCGCCUACCCAAACCAGAGCGCGGUUUCUGGGCUACUGAUCUGGAGAGGUCGGAAGGAUAUGGCCCUUUACAACGAGCUAACCUUCUCCACGUACCUCCGUCCAGGCGAGGCUCUCAAGCUGAAGGCCGCAGACUUCGUACCCCAGAGUGGGGCUCCGGAAGGAUACCCGCACUCGAUUCUGGUUCUUGCACCCUUCGAGAGGGGAGAAUCGAGCAAGACUGGGAUCUUCGACGAGGUGGUCAUCCUGGACGACACGAGAGUGCCGUGGAUGGAGCAAGUUCUGAAGACCCACGUGAGGGCUUGUGUCCAGCAGCAAGGAGAGGACUCAGACCUGUGGAGUUUCAACGCAAGACAGUUCCUUCUGGAGUGGCGCAAGGCGGUGGAAGUUCUUCAGGACUACUUCCAGAGUGGCACCUGCCAGCUGCCUCCAGACCUCCUAAAGAGAGCCAAGGAGAUCUUCAAGGACAAGC